GCAAGUACAACAGUUCUCUGUGCGCUCCCAUUCAUUUCCUGAGAACUGCCUGAGCCGAGCAGCUGAGAGGCAGAAGGGGAGGGAGCUGCUCACUCACUCUCUCACACACACACACUCACACACACACUCACACACAUACACACACACAUUAUCACACACGUACAUACAGAGUGAGAGGAGCGGAGCGGAGCGGAGCGGAGCGGGAGAGGAGGAGACGAGACAGAGGACUGUAGAGAAGGAAAACAGUCUCCAGUCUCCACGGCUCUGCAGCUUCUGACAAGGCAGCCCAAGAAACAGGAUGUUAAUGCUUGACGGAAUGCCUGCAGUCCGAGUUAAAGCCGAGCCCCUGGAAUCGGAACAAGGGUCGCCGAAGGUGCGCCCUUAUUCUGCGAUGGACGGCGUCCCCUUCUUCCUCAGCAGAGUCAAACCCGAGCCCCCAGAAGACCUGCUAGCUCACGACCUGCACUUCCACACGCAGACGGAGCCCGUCGACCUGUCAAUCAACAAGCCCCGCCCCUCGUCCUCGUCCACCUCCAACACCACCUCCUCGUCGUCCCCCCUCAGAUCCGCCUUCUCGCCGUCUUCGCUGUCGUCGUCGUCCUCCUCCUCCUCCUCUCCGUCGGUCAUCACCUCGGCCUCGUCGGUGCUCACGCCGGGCCCCCUGGUCGCCCCGGUAACGGGGGUGAGAGGUCAGCCCUAUUUGCACAUCCUGCACUCUGUGCCGCCGCCUCCGUCCAGCCCUCUGAGCCUGCCGGGAGCGGGGAAGCUCAGCAGCCAUGUCCACCGCAUCCCGGUGGUGGUGCAGUCACUGCCCCUCAUGUACACCACCGCCGUCCGCUCGCCCUCCAGCCUCAACAACGCCAUCAUGCUACCUCUGCUGGACGAGGCCAAAAGCCAGGGCAAAGCACACUCAGACCCCAACGGCCUGUCGCCAAAGCAGAUCAAGAGUGACAGUGACGACGACGACCUGCCAAACGUGACCUUGGACAGCGUCAACGAGACCGGCUCCACGGCGCUGUCUAUAGCCCGCGCUGUUCAAGACUCCAUGUCCCCGUUCAGUAUUGACAGCAUACGGCGCCCCCGGAGGUCAGAGUCCCCCGAUUCCAAAAAGAGAAGAAUCCACAGAUGUGACUUCGAGGGCUGCAAUAAGGUGUACACCAAAAGCUCGCAUUUAAAAGCACACCGGAGGACACACACAGGGGAAAAGCCAUACAAGUGCACCUGGGACGGCUGCACCUGGAAGUUCGCGCGCUCCGACGAGCUGACGAGGCAUUACCGGAAACACACGGGGGUGAAGCCCUUCAAAUGUGCAGACUGUGACCGCAGCUUCUCCAGAUCCGACCACCUGGCCCUGCACCGGCGGAGGCACAUGCUGGUGUGAGGCCGGCCGAGGAAGAGAGAGAGAGAGAGAGAGAGAGAGAGAGAGGGUGAUGAUGGGACGGACACACACACAUGCACACACACACACACAUACACAGAAACACACAUUUCCACACACAGGCAGCCGGGGGAGCGGGAUCUCCCUGUGAAUGUUUUUCAGCUGGCCUGGACACACACACACACACACACACACAUGAACACACACAGACACACACAGACAGACACACACACACACCCCUCCUGAGGCGCUGGGGAGAUGGAUGCUUUCGGAGCACAGCAGGGUGCCUGGUGGAUCCUCGGGCUGAAGCAGCGGACGGCAGGAUCUUUUAUCGUCAUGUUUGGAGUUUGACAGGGAACUGUCUUUUACAGCACUGUUCGUCAACGUUUUACUUCGGUUUUUAAGAUGAACUCGCACUCUUUAUUUGGACAAAAAAAUGCAAUUGCAACAGUCUUUUUUUUUUUUUUUGGUAUCUUUCUUUUCAUUAUUGUUGAAACGGCUGAUUUUUCCAGCAUUCAUAAUGUGAAAGACCUCAUGGAUGCACGAGAAGGAAGACCCCAGACCUGGACCGGGUCUCAGGACCGGGACCAGGACCAGGACUGGGGAUCUGAUGGAGUUUACGGGCAGUAUUUUCUUAUCUUAUCUUCUUUUUUUUGUUUUGUUUUUUGCUGUGGCUCCCUGUGAGUCGGAUUGGAGACCAGCAGAGGGCGCUGUUUAACCACAGAUGGUUUCUUUUCCCCCCUGGAGUCUGCUGGUGGAUCAGAGGCGUCCCUACAAGAGGACUGGACUCCCCCCCCACACACACAUCUCCUGCAAGCAGUAAACAGCAGAGACUCAAACAGCCGCAGCCAGAUUGGAUCAACCUCAUCUCCCCAUCAAAUCGCUUUAUUUUGAAGGAUGGAACCCGGACUUGCACAUCAUCACACCAGCAAAGGAAAAACAAAAAAAACUUAGAAAGAAAAAACACCAUUUGUGAUCCACUCAUGAAUCUCAUCAGUGCUGUUCUUUAUGUUGAGCCUCUUAAAACAGUUUUUUUUUUUUUUUUUUCUUAAAAAAAAUCUUUGGUGGAUUUUGAGCUGUGAUUAGCAAUCAGUAAAGUGCAAUCUUAAAGGAUAAAUAUACUUUCUGUAAGACAAUGUUUUGUUUAUUGAGUUCUUUUCUUUUAAAUGCCUGCUUAUUGAUCAUGUCUGAAAAAUACAACCCCUCAUGUACAGAGAACUUUGAAACAAUCAGAGGAGAUUUCCAGGAUGUGA